UAUAUUUUGGCUUGUAAUCGGUGAUCAUGGGGUGAUCCAGAAAUAAACUCCACACUUCAAAGAGCAAGAGUGUUCAGAGCAGCUCUGCAGUUUAUCAACACACACAGACAAGAGAGAAAUGCAUCCAAGGGGAUUCUCUGAAUUAAGAUUUCACCAAGCAAAAUAACUCUGGGUAAACUUUCCUACAGAGACAAUAAGGUUUUCCUUUUCUGCCGUCUUCUCUGACUGCUCUUGCGAACGGGACAGCAGAAGAUGACGACGCAGGUCACGGUGGCGAGAAAUUCACAAACAGGGGCAAUAAACCAUGAGGACUACAGUCUCUACAGUAGUAUGACCGAAGAGGAGCUUAUUGACAUGGCCAUAGAGCAGAGCCUAAUGGACGGAUCACCAGAACAAACAGCAGCAAAGACGACAGCCAGAGAGCAGACUGUGCCCAGUCAACCUUAUUCCAGCCAGAAUUUUUACCUUUAUCCUUGGCAAAGGCAUGCUGCACAAUCCGGAAGCCAGGCUCAGACUCCCGGUUCAGGGUCACUUGGCGGGGUCUGGCAGAGAUAUGAUGGCACCCUCUUCAAAAGACCCCAGCCAGAAGUGCUGGAUCCUGUUAUAUCUGCAAUUAGGGGAGGAGAUGAAGAUGCCCUGCUUGCGAUGAUAAAAUCAGGAAAAAACCUUGCACAACCUAACAAAGAUGGAUGGUUGCCGCUCCACGAAGCUGCUUAUUAUGGACAAGAAGGCUGCAUGAAACUGCUCCAGAAAUCAUACCCUGGGACGAUUGACCAGCGUACACUGCAGGAGGAAACACCACUCUACCUUGCAACAAACAAAGGGCACUUGCAGUGUGUGAUUUCUUUGCUUCAGGCUGGAGCAGAACCUGAUAUUGCAAACAAGUCUAGAGAGACCCCACUCUAUAAAGCCUGUGAACGCAAAAAUAUUGAAGCUGUGCGAAUAUUAAUGCAACAUAACGCUGAUGCGAAUCAUCGAUGCAAUCGAGGAUGGACUGCUCUUCACGAAGCAGUUGGCCGGAACGAUUUGGAAAUAAUGGAUCUUUUGGUCAAAGGAGGUGCCAAAGUUGAAUCGGCAAAUUGCUAUGGGAUCACGUCUCUAUUUGUGGCAGCUGAGAGUGGUCACUUGGAAGCUUUGAGAUACCUGGCCAAGUGUGGGGCUGAAAUCAAUACCCAAGCCAGUGACAAGGCCUCCGCGCUCUACGAAGCUUCUAAAAAUGGGCAUGAGAAGAUUGUAGAGUUUCUCUUGUCCCAAGGUGCAGAUGCAAACAAAACAAACAAGGAUGGACUGCUACCCAUUCAUGCAGCCUCCAAAAAAGGCUAUUUGGGGAUUGUCACAAUGCUGCUCCCGGUAACCAGCCGCAUUCGGAUCAAGCGCAGCGGCAUCAGCCCUUUGCAUAUGGCCGCUGAACACAACCGUGAUGAUGUCUUGGAAGAGCUGAUGGAGGCCGGCUUUGAUGUGAACGCCACACUGUCUGAUGAGCGCGCUCGCCUCUAUGAGGACCGGCGCACCACUGUUCUUUAUUUUGCCGUUGCUAACAACAACUUCUAUGCUACCGAGCUGCUGCUGGAGGCUGGGGCGAAUCCCAACGUUGACCUUAUCAACCCGCUGCUCAUUUCCAUCCGCCAAGGCAACGUGAAGUUAAUGAAGCUGCUUCUGGAGUAUGGCGCCAAUAUUAAUGCUUACAUUUCUUCGCACCCGACCACUUUCCCUGCUACUGUCAUGUUCUCCAUGAAGUACUUGGUUCUGCUGAAAUUCCUCAUGGAUAUGGGCUGUGACGCCGACGCCUGUUUUCAGUGUCACUAUGGGUGUGGCCCCCAUCCUGCCACAGAUGCUAGGAAGGACAGAUUUAAUGAUCCCGUGAUGAAGAAACAGUUUAAUCCAGUUCAGUUUUGCGAAAUGGUUUCUACCCCUGAGAUGAGUCGCUGGGCAGGGCCAAUCAUUGACGUCCUUCUGGAUUACGUGGGCAAUGUGCAACUCUGUUCCCAGUUGAAGGAGCAUAUUGACAGCUAUGAGGGCUGGGCUAAUAUUAAAAAGAAAGCAGAGCUUCCAAGGCCCCUGGCACACCUUUGCCGCAUCAAAGUCCGAACUGUGAUUGGAAAGGACCGUUUGCCUCUUAUUGAUAGUUUGCCUCUGCCAGGGAGACUGAUACGCUUUUUACAAUAUGACUUUACUCACUGACCUGAGAUGAAUCUGGCAAUCAAAAAUAUCUGGGAAGGACAUAAGGACAUCCCUGUUUAUGACGGAACAGAUGGAAACGGACUCACAGGAGACAAGGAAAGAUGGGCUUUGGUAUAUAAGAAGAAAAAAGAUGCCAACUAAUCAGAUUCACAGAAAGGGCUUAUCUAACUGUGUUUGGAGCAUAGGAAACAAGAAAGGGAAUUAGGGUAAAACACGCUGACAUUAACAGCAGAAAAAUGGCUACACUUUUUUUUUACAACCACACACACACAAAUGAGUACUAAGUAAGGAGAUGGUGAAAGAGAGAACAGACCAAUUCAGGAAAUAUUUUUUGGUACAAUAUGGCUAUCUCUGGGCACACUUGUAUGGACAAAUGAAGAUCAUGCUAUUUGGGGAGAUCAUGCUAAUUGCAUUAGUGUAAUGGCACUUUCCCCGGCUUUAUGGUUAUGAAAAUUGCUGCCAACUGUACUAAUCCAGUUUGCCCAUAAUUUGUGUGCUUGACUGAGUGUCCAGGGACAAUCAGGAUAGCUCCUGUGGACAACUUAUGUACUUGGGAACUUGUUCCAUAGGCCGUUUCCGCAUGGGUGGAAGAAGUGGCUGGCCACCGGCAUGAUUUAUACUGGUGGAGCCUCGGGACUGAUUGCACGGUCCCGUGCAGGCGGUCCCAAAGCUGCUGCGGGCCACAGGGGCGGCUCCACACAGAGCCGCCUCCGGUUUGUUUUUGUUUACCUACCUUUUCUCCCUGUGAAGGUCUGGACGAAGGAAGGGACACACCCACGCUGUCCUCCGACCCCUGCCCUCUGGAGCUUUGCAGGGAGAAAAGGUAGGUAAACAAAACAAACCGGAAGUGCCUACAAGCGGCGCCCUCAUGUCGGUGCGCUUCGCAUGGCACCAGCAGGAAGAUGCCACGGUCCAAAAGACUCGUUCAGUGAACGUGUCAAGAAAGCAGCGUUUUCUGGCCGUUGGGGGUGGGGGAAGCACGACACUGCUGCAGCGUCGUGCGAACAGCACCGCAGGGACAGUGUUUUUACCGCCCUGAGCUGAUGUUGUUGGCCCAUGCGGAAACGGCCAUAGCGAAAAGCAUCUAGAUUCCAUGAAAAGAUCUUUAAAAGUCUCAGUUGCAUUUAAAACUCACCAUCAUGCUUCAGUUUCGUUUGCUAGACUGACAGUUUUCGGGCUGCUAAUUCUAACUCAUUUGAUACCAUCUCAUUCAUAUUUUUUUUCAAAUGCAUUUGGCCUUUCUUUGUGAAUAUGAAAUGACGUAACUUUCAAAUAAUAAAAGGCCCCAAGUCUUUAAAAAUAUUUUCUUCCAAUACAAGAGAGAUGGUUAACAAUGGAUCUAAUGAAGAAUUAAUGACUCCAAUAAGCAUUAAAUAACGACCUUACCCAGGAUUUAAUUAGGCUUGCCAACUUCCAAGGGUUGGCAGGAGAUCACUUCCUCUGGAGAAAAUGGCUGUUUUGGAAGGUGGACUUAGUAGCAUUAUACCCGACUAAAGUCCAUUCCCUCCCCAAACCUCACCCACUUCAGGCCCCACUCCCAAAAUCUCCAACCCGGUGUUUCCCAACCUGGAGCUGGCAAGUCUAGAUUUAAUCCAUAAGAAAUGAAUCUACAUUGAUUAAAUAAGCAUACGAAACAGGGCUAGUAACAUACUGUAAUUCAUUUGCUUGAAGUUCUGAUGUCACCAAGGCCAAUCUCUGGUGUAGCUCAUGGCUAGAUGCUUGAGAAUAUGGAUUUUAUUUUCAGGGUUUUUUUUCUUAAAGAUUGUUGAUGUUACCAAUAAGCCCAGUGAUGCUAAAGGAAGACUAACAAGAAGGUGUAAUAAUAAUUAUUAAGUAAAACAAAAUUCCUUUGUACAGUAAUGUUAAGGUUGCGGUUUUGUUUGAUGCCUUUUUACAUGGAAAUGUUUUAACGGGUUGUGUGUGGAGCAAAUGAGGUACUAAUUCUUGAACUUAAGAGUCCAAUGUUCAUAUGAUACAGGCACUGAAGAAACAAGUCAGCUUGUGCACAUUUAGGGAAGACUUGUAUAUUUAGGGUAAUGGAGUAAAACAAGCUAAGAAAGGCCCUGCUGGUUCUCCCAUGCACUGGUAACCUGUAGAUUUGUUCAUAAACCAGGGAAAAUCCCAGUGACUCAGACAGGCUCGUUCCGCACAGAAUAAUGCACUUUCAAUCCACUUUCACAAUUGUCUGUAAGUGGAUUUUGCUAUUCCGCACAGUAAAUCCAGCUGCAAAGUGCAUUGAAAGUACAUUGAAAGUGCACUAUUUUGCAUGUACGGAAGGGGCAACAGACCUGCAGUGCUGAAAAAGUUUGUGCAAACCUCAGGAGAUUCAAGUGCAGCCGCUCACAUAAAGUAGAGGGGGGAUAAUUCCCUGGAAAGCUCCACUGAUAACUGUGCUGUCAUUUGAUCCUUUUUUUUUUUACAAAAUUGGUUUACAUUUAUUUUCACGUGAUGCUUUCUACCUCUCUGCUUCAUUUACCCUGACCCAGCAAUAGCGAUCUAUGUAAAUAAGAACAUUUUCAUGCACAGGUCUUUGGGACUGCAUUUGGAGUAGGAGACUGCAUGAACAACGCGUUGAUGUGAAUCAAACGGCAUGUACCAGUUUACUAAAAUUCCCCUACAACAGCAGGGUUUUGGGAAACCUCAAGCAUGUUAGAAGCGAUGCAGCUCUCCGCUGGCCCAGUGAUUUCUGGGAUCCCAAAAACUCAGUUUUUCCAAGUAUUUAAGCAGUCAUAUCUGUAAAAUUGCUACUUUUUAAUAUAAAACUGUGAUUGUAAAUUUGAAAAACACACACCAGACUUAUACACGUCUUGCUGUUUCAGUGCAUAUAACGUUGGCUUGUAUUGUGAUGACAGAAAACUUUUUGUUAUCAUAUUAGAUAUACUGGGGAUGUUCUAGAGAUAGUAGUAUCUCAUUAAUGUAUUAUUUCUAUAGGCGUGUGUGCAAUUCAUUUUGUGUUAUGCACUUUUAAUUUUUUGGUUUUGUUACCAUGACUUUUUUAAAAAUUGGGGGCAUGGGCAUGUGAAGUAUUUAUCAAAGUUUUGUUCUUAGGUUCCACUGUUUCCAUUAAAUGUGAGUUAAAAUUACCUUUCAGAUACUAUGUAGAUAUUUUGUAAGAUAAUGAUUUAUCAUCACUGAAGCAGUUUUAUGAAGUUGGUUUGUGCAGAUGUACAUGGUGACCUAUGUUAAGCUGGGAAAGUUUAAACCUGUGAUAACUACCACAGAACAUUUCAUUUUCAAAGGCAGGGUUUUUUCCACACAUAUAACACUGUGUAUGAAUUUGGAGUUCUGCAUGCACCUUAUGUGUUGUGUAUGCAAGGACUGGAUCUAGCACAAAAUUUUUGCUUCUGCUUCAACUCUUGCCCAAGUGGAAAUGAAAGAAAAAGGCUGAGGUAAUAUCUUAUGCUAAAUCAGAUAUUAUGUACUCAAUUGCAUUUCCACUUGCACAUGAUGUGCAAACAAAAAUGCAUACAAACUGCUCCUUUCUUCCAAAUUAGCAGGGGAUGCUUCUGAGGAUAGAGCAAGUCUAGGCAUGCACUGGAGACCUUGUGCUCAUAUAUAAUUGGGGAUCAAAAUAUUACCAGAGGGCUCAGACUAAACCUAGUGCAUUUGGUUAUGGGAACCUGAACCACAGUGAUUACAGGAUACAUAAGCCAGCUUGUGGUCUUUGGAACUUCUCAUGUGACCUCUACCUACAUAUCAAUUCCAUGCUCGGUAAAUCCUUGUCAUAUAAAGCACUGGAAAACCAGCAUAAAAUGACACUGACAUGUAGUUCUCCAUUCCCUUUGGGACAACUUUGUAAGUAAAUUCACAAAAGUUACUAUUUGCUCACAAAUAUUCCUGUUUGCCAUUCGUGGCACCUUGACAGCUUGAAAGAAAAGAGAGCCAACUACCUUUCCAUUUGGAAAAGAUUCCUUGUAUAGUUGGUUUAAGUUUACUCUUCCUUGCCACAGGUAACCAGGGCUGGCUAUUUAUAAGCCUGAUCUGGGCUACUGUUUUAUUUAUGUUUUGGCUAAGUCUACAGCAUCACAAAGGGGUUAAGCAGCAUAAAAAGGAAAAGGUGUUUCUGUACCUACUGCAGUUGAAGGGUACUAUUUAACAUCUGUGAGGUCAAGGAAACAGAGCAUUAAACAAACUCUCUGGAUGAAGAAUGGCUGGAUGCAUUGACAAGAUGAGCUGUCCAGUUCCAUAAAUUCGAGUUGCUGAAACAAAGUUCUAAAUUCACCGUAUUUGUAAAAAUCUCCAUCUUUCCUUCUGUGGGGCAGAUAUUAUACAGCUUGAUUCUUAAUAUAUUUUCCCAUAAUCAAUGGGAGGGGGGGAUAACAAUGUAUUAUUUAAAA